AUGAGCGAGUUUGAGUCUCUUCUGUUUCUCUCCAAGGAGGUGUUCGUGUAUCAGAUCCCGCCGCGGCAGGCCAACGCCGGAUACCGUGCGACAGAAUGGGACGUAGAUAAUCCGAUAUUCAAGGCCCGACUGCGCGUGCUGCUGGCCGGCGAGGAAAAGUGCGUGGUGCGGCUCGAGGACAAGGGCACAGGCGAGCUGUUUGCUGCCUGCCCCGUCGACCCCAAGGGUCUGGCCGUUGAGCAAGGUGCUGGACUCGAGUCGGACGAGGCCACCGGCAGCAAAAUGUACAUUGGGAUUGGAUUCCUCGACCGCUCUGAGGCAUUCGACUUCAACGUUGCUCUGGAGGACUUCCGCCGAUCGCUGGUUCCCGCUGAGACUGGCGGCUCUGGGAAUGCCAGCGGUGCCACUGCGCUGGCCGCUGAGCCGAAGCUGGAUUUUUCGCUCAAGCCCGACCAGAAGAUCACUGUCAAGAUGGCUGGAUUCAAGAAGAAACCUGCUGCGUCCGGACAGACUCCGGCCAGCAGCGUCGUCGGACAACCCAUUCUUCAUUCCGCCGCCACCGCCGCCGGCGGGUGGCCGUCGAUAGACAACCCCCUCCUCUGCCUCUUACGACGCCUAGCGGCCUGA